UCAAAGACACAUUGCUCUCUACGAUUCAAACCCUAACGCGUCGCAAUCUGACCGUCUCAGGUGAUCAUUUUCGAGCUUCAAUGGGGUACUCUAAGCGUCUUUCUUUGAUAAUGAUGGCAUCUUCCGGAGCAUCUAAUGCACCCUCGGAGAUUGGGAGAGAGAGUUUGUCGUCGUUAAAGCGUGCUUCAAGUGAUGUGGGCUGGGAGUUUGGGGUUUUGGCGGAUCCUACAAACUUGGAUAAGUUGAAGUGUAAGCUGUGUGGGAAACUUGUUAGUGGUGGUGUAUAUAGAAUCAAGCAACACAUAGCCCACAUUAAGGGAAAUGUAGCCCUGUGCCCAAGGUCUUCGGAUGAGGAUAAAGCCAAAUGUAAAGCUGCAUUAGAAGAAGCAAAAAAUAAGAAUAGAAAAGGGAGUGGACGCAAAGGGGACGUGGGGGAAGAACUCGAGCUUCAACAAAUUGGAAAAGAAGAUGAAGACAUUGAAGUUUUGACGCAAAGAACACAUGAAGUGCAUCAGUCUUUGGCUGAAUGGGUGUAUGAGUCUGGCAUUCCUUUUGAUGCUAUUGAUAAUGAUAGCUUCAAAAGAUUUGUGGAAGUGGUUGGCCAAUUUGGCCCAGGUUACCGACCUCCAAGCCAAUACCAAUUAAGGGAGCUAGUCUUCAACUCAUCGUCUUCCAUAGCUACCAACUCAGAAUCCAAAGACAGCCCAUCAUCACAGUCACCUCAACUUGAAACCCCAAUUAAUUGGCCUCCUGAUGGCAAGCUCACCCUCAACUGGGUCCUUAACCUAAUGUCCGUCUUUGACUGGGCUUCUAGAGAUCUUGAGCCAACCCAAUUGCCAGACGUGUUUCCUGUCGAGGUUUGUGAUUGUCUGGUCCUCUGUGCCUCCAAGAUCCUCCACGAAGAGCCCAAUUGCAUCACCAUUGACAACUUAACCCCUGAAUCCACAGUCGUCGUCGUCGGAGACCUUCACGGCCAGUUGCACGACCUUCUUUUCCUUCUCCAUGAUGCUGGCUUUCCCUCAGAAAAUCGAUUCUACGUCUUCAAUGGUGAUUAUGUUGACAGAGGUGCUUGGGGUCUCGAAAGUUUCUUAAUUUUGUUAGCUUGGAAAGUGUUUAUGCCAGAAAGGGUGUAUCUUUUGCGAGGAAAUCACGAAUCAAAGUAUUGCACUUCUGUUUAUGGUUUUGAGAAGGAAGUGCUGACAAAGUAUGGUGAUAGAGGCAAGCAUGUGUAUCGUGAAUGCCUUGGGUGCUUUCGAGGUCUUCCGUUGGCUUCCAUCGUUGGUAAACAUGUGUACACUGCACAUGGAGGUUUAUUUCGACACAUGUCUGCUAUUCCCAAGAAAUCAAAGGGAAAGAAGAGUCGUAUGAUAGCUUGCAAUCCUGAAACCAGUUCAUUAUCUUUGGGCUCUCUUGAAGAAUUAAACAAGGCCCGAAGAUCAGUUCUUGAUCCUCCAUGGAUUGGUUUCAACUUGAUUCCUGGUGACGUGCUGUGGUCAGAUCCCUCGAUGACUCCAGGACUUUCGCCAAAUACAGAGAGAGGCAUUGGUUUACUUUGGGGUCCUGAUUGCACUGAGAAAUUUCUCAAGGAAUUUCAACUCAAGUUGAUUAUUAGAUCACAUGAAGGCCCUGAUGCAAGGGAAAAGAGGCCAGGUCUUGGUGGAAUGGAUGAAGGGUACACCAUCGAUCACAUUGUGGAGUCAGGAAAGCUCAUCACUUUGUUUAGUGCUCCAGACUACCCACAAUUUCAGAACACAGAGGAGAGGUACAAAAAUAAAGGGGCUUACAUUAUCUUGGAACCCCCUAAUUUCGAUGAUCCUAUAUUUCAUAGUUUCGAAGCAAUUACUCCAAGACCAAAGGCGGAUCCCUUUUACAAUUUUGAAGAAGUGAUUGAUUCUGAUGAAGAGUUGGACUUGGCAUCAAUGGUGAUCAGUCUGUGAAGUCAGAAGAAGAAAGAUUGCGUGAUCAAAGAGAGAGGGAGCAAUUGGAGCAGAAUAUAAGGGAACGGGAUACAGCAGCUACAUGAAAGUUAACGGAGAGAAAAUUAACACGAAAAGAAGAAGCAGAGGAGGCUAUUCGGAAAAGCAAUGCAUUGGAGCGGAAUGACCUUGAAGAUUUAAGUUAGACAAGAAUAUCUCAAGAAGAGGCAGCAAAAGAAAUUGGAGGAAAUCAGAGACGAUAUAGAGGAUGAGCAAUACUGAUAUAGAACCUCACUGAGGCAGAAUAUCGCAAACUAAGUUACAAGAAACAAAUAUACGAGCUGGUGAAGAAGAAGUCAGAUGAGAUUGAGGAUACCACUGAGGUUAUUGAUAAUUAACUAUGGUUAUCCUUUUUGCCUAUGAUGCCAGAUGCAUACGAUGAAGAGG